AUGUCGAACUGGACGAGGCGAACUGGACGAGACCGCGCGUACGCGCAGUACGCUGUCGUCAUGCUGGGACGACAACGUGUGUUCCGGGACCGCCUCGAUCCGCUGGAAGAAUUCGACGAGGAUGCGCUGCAGCAACGAUUCCGGUUUGGUCGCGCGGGAAUUAUGUUUCUCGCGGAGACGCUGCGGCCGGACUUGGAGCGGUCGACGCGUCGCAGCUGCGCCUUGUCCGCAGAGCAACAGGUGAUCGUCGCUCUGCAAUUCUACGCCACAGGCAACUUCCUCAUCACUGCAGGCGACUACGUUCACGUGCAAGUCUCUAGUGCUUCACGGUCCGUGAGGCAGGUCACCGUAGCUCUGGCACGUCGAGCAAGGGACUUCAUACGGUAA